GUGUCCUGAACUGUCCCUGUUGUGCGCACAGACCACCCGUGUCCUGAACUGUCCCUGUUGUGCGCACAGACCACCCGUGUCAUGAACUGUCCCUAUUGUGCGCUCAGACCACCCUAGUCAUGAGCUGCCCCUAUUGCACUCCCAGACUACCCUUACUUGAACCGCCCCAUGACGUGCCCAGAGUUUAGCUACCUGGGAUGCCCCCGAGUGCUUGAGCCAUCGUUAGCCUUGAGUCCCCGAGCUGUGUUGAGGCCAGACUCCAGAGCCAAAGUCCCGUUGAGUCCCCGUGAGCCAAUGUUGCCCCUAGAAAGCUGUGUGGGGAUUGUGCUGAGAUCAGACCCCAUCGCCAAGGCCCCGUUGAGUCCCCAUGAGCCA